AUGCCCUCAACCUCGCGCAACACCAUCCGCGCCCAAAUAAGAAACAAAGGCGAAUCCCUCACCCCAGCCGACCGCGAAGCCCUCUUAAAACCCUACCUCCCGGACCCAGCAGACCUCGCAACCUCCCGCUCAGCCCGCUCAUCCCGCCGAAGCAAAAGCAAACAGCCACGCAAAACCCCGAUCCGCACCUUCAUCAAGUCACAAGUCCACCGUCUCGCCUAUGCCCUUACACAUAUCAUCUUCGGCAUCGUCGUCCGCUUAAUCCAAGCCUACCACGCCGUCGUUGACCGAAUUCUUGCGAUCGUUUAUCACCACCACCGCACGCCGGAAUUGAUUCGGAAGGAUGUGCGCUCUCUUAAACGAUUGCCGCAGCAUUUGAGUGUUAUUCUCACCUUGAGAACGGAAGAUGACGCCCUCGCUGUACUUAUGGAUGAAGUCGCUGAGCUUACGGCUUGGUGUACGUGCGCGGGAAUUGCGCAGUUGAGCGUUUAUGAGAAGAGUGGCGUCCUAAAAUCCUGCAUCCCAGCCCUCCACCAAAUAAUCUCCACAAAACUCGCCUCUUACCACGGCGUAUCGCAACAACCCUCCCUCCAACUCUACGCACCACACCACGCCGUGCACGGGAACGGCCGCGAAACAAUCGUCGACCUAACAAAAACCCUCGCAGAAAUGUCUCAGAACGGAAAACUCUCGCCAGAGGAUAUUACCCCUGAACUCGUUGAUGCGGAGAUUACGGAAAUCACGGCGCAUCCGUUGCGAAAUGGUGGCAGCAGUAGCUCUCGCCCCACCAACGAAACUGGUGCAGCUGGCGACGAUCUACUCAAACCCGAACCAGAUCUGUUACUUGUUUUCGGCCCCUUCCUUAAAUUAGAUGGGUAUCCGCCUUGGCAGUUACGGUUGACGGAGAUGUAUUGUACCGGUGAUCGGAGUCAUGGGGCAACGGGGAUGGGGACUCGGUUGAGUAUCAGGGGUUUAUGA